AACAUACGCGCUUCCACCCCGACGACAAUCCCCACCAAGAAGCCGAUAACCCGGUCUCUCUUGCUGCGUCAGCUGCAGACCAAAUUAUUAUUUCGCUUCGCUUGGUUGAAUUCCGUGUGCGGAGUAGCCCUUGAGGACCUAGCACUUUCCCCGAUGGCUGACUACGAACGUCGACCUCAUGGCCCAAGGGGUGGUCGCAAGAGACGCUAUAGAGAUGAUGACGACUACGACCGCCGCCAGCGGCGCAGACACGAGGAGCCUUUAUUUGUCAAAGUUCGGAGGCAGUUGCUCACAAUUGCCGAAUCUGCCGCCCGAAGAGCAGAGGACGACGCUAUCCAUAUUGCGAAGACUGUGGCUGAGAACUACGGUGAUGAUGAAAUCAGAGGGGUGUACCUUGAGACUGCAAUCGACCUUGUCCUUGAGCAGCCAUUGAAGAUCCCCUUCAUUGCGGCAACAGUUCUUGCCGCAAAUGUCUUGAAUCCAGAGCCCGUCUCAGAACUCCUGACGAGGGCGGGUGAAGCUCUGCAAGGAUACAUUAAUGCUGGUGCGUGGCGUGAAGUCAAGCUCCUCCUGCGCUUCCUCGGUUGCCUUCAGGGUAUCCUUGAGGGAGAUGGUAUCUUUCCCUUGUUGGAGGAAAUUUUUGCACGCGCAGUCGACCUUCAAACAGCCUCCUCUGAAGAUUUGCUCGGUUUGGAACUUGUCAAAAUUAUCCUCUUCACCUUGCCAUAUGUAAUGGCAUCCCCAGCGACCCGCUUCGAGACCCAUGCUACUGCCCUCCUUGAAAAGACAGACAUCAUCGCAUCUACUCCGCAUGCUCUUGUGGAUCUUGUGGACCCAUUCUGUCUCACCGAAGGCAAGCCGGCGGCCACGGAGAGCGUAAUCAGCUUGAUGCAGAAACAGUUACAGGGCGAAUCGAAUCGGUCUUGGGAGCUCGCAUGCCUUCCUCGCCCAUGGAAACGAAUCUAUGAAACCCUCGAGGCUCAGAAAGAAGCCCAAGACGAAGGUGCUCAAGAUGAGGAAGAAGCCGAAUCUGCAAGCACUACGGCACCCGGCGCAAAACAUGCUUUUCCGCAAGUCGUCAUGCCAAGUCCUGUCGGCCACGGAGCGAGAGCAAUCUUUCCGGAGAUCUACCUCUCUGUCUAUGCAAACCAAGACAUCGAGACGGUACCUCCAACAUCGGAUAUUGCCUCCUCUCUGCUGCGUGACUCGCUUGUUGACACUAUCAACAUUCUGGACUUUAACCGAAUUGCAACUGCGAAGUAUCUAAUUGACGUGGAUUGUUAUUUCACCCCAAAUACCUUCGUCAAGCGGGCCACGCCUUUUGAUCGCUUGCGUGAAUUGCCCACUGAUCGCCCGCAAUGGAAGCCGGAAGACGUUGCCGUCGAUGCAGUAUUCUCUCAAUUAUUCCAGCUGCCAUGCCCAGAACACAAAUUCAUCUACUACCACUCAGUACUUACCGAGUGCUGCAAGAUUGCUCCAGCCGCCAUCGCUCCAAGUUUGGGCCGAGCUAUUCGUUUCCUAUAUCGCAGCCUUGAGAGCAUCGACCUUGACCUCAGUCAGCGAUUCCUGGAUUGGUUCUCCCAUCAUUUGAGUAAUUUUGGUUUCACUUGGAAAUGGAGUGAAUGGAUCGAGGAUCUGGGUUUACCUGCAGUCCACCCUCGAAUGGCUUUCAUAACCGGAGCGCUCGACAAGGAGAUCAGAUUAAGUUUUGCUCAGCGCAUCAGAGGAACUUUACCGGACCCAUAUCAAGAAUUGGUUACGGAGGGGAAGGAAAAAGACACACCUGAUUUCAAGUACAUGUCCGACACUACACCGUAUUCGAACGAAGGCAAGGAAAUUAUGCAGCUUGUUCGAAAGAAAGCGAGCGACGAGGAGAUACAACCCUUUAUCGAUGCGAUAGAAGAGCAAGCUAAGUCUUUAGGGGUCGAGGAUCCGCUGAUUCCAUCCACCGACGCAUUUGUCACGGCGAUUUGCUUUGUGGGAUCCAAAUCUCUAUCUCAUUUCCUCUCAUGCAUUGAGCGUAACAAGGAGCGACUAUUGGCCAUCGGCCCUAAGUCACCUCGGGCUCAGCGUCAAAUUAUCACAUCCGUCAUGGAUUACUGGGUCGAUCAGCCAGGCAUCGGUAUAAAUAUUAUCGACAAACUCCUGAAUUACACCAUCCUUACACCGCUGUCAGUUGUCGAAUGGGCCCUAGUCGACAAGCUCGCGGCAGGUACGGUUCUCGCCAAACCGCACGUCUUCGAGAUGAUAUCCGCCACCGUUGGGAAGGUCACAAAUCGCCUACGACAGAUCGUUGCUGCCCGUACUCAGCCUAGUUUGUACGAGCCUCAAUUGAGCGUCCUGGACGAGACUCUGAAACGCGAAAAGACCGAUAUGCAGGCUCUUUUCCGGGUAAUUGAGGACUCCAUCGUGUCGGUUGCUGGCGGCAGUAAUGACGAACUGAUGGAAAGGGGGGACGGAAGUGGUACCUUACCUGAAGAUGAGAUCAUCCGGCGCUGGGGUCAGCGAUGGCUCAGGGUAUUCCGGCGCAAAGCUGGCGUUGAGGAGUCCUUCAUUGUCGAAGCCUUGGUCGGAGCAGCUCCGGUCGGUACGGUAGCACUUACUCCGGUCCCUGAUGAUGCCGCCGCUUCGGAGCAUGCCCCGUUGAACGGAAAUAUGGAUAUUGUUGAGGGUGAUGGUGGAAAAUAAGAAGUCUACAAGGUCCGAGUGGUAACUUCCAGUUCUCUGUGGUAUGAUAGGGACCGUCUGUAUUUGUCUAAAUUGGGCUUGGUUCUUGCUUUGUAUCCAUAGGUGUGUAUGUGUGAGUAUGUGUUGUUGUAAGAUCAAUCAAGCCAGCGAAUCAGCGCAAUUUAGAG